AUAGGAGAGAAAAGAGCGAGGCCAGUGAAAGAGCAAGCACUCCCUUGCCCUAGAUGCAACUCAACAAACACCAAAUUUUGCUACUACAACAAUUACAGCCUCACUCAGCCAAGGUACUUCUGCAAGACCUGCAGAAGGUACUGGACUGAAGGUGGGUCCCUCCGGAAUGUUCCGGUGGGCGGCGGAUCAAGAAAGAACAAGAAACACUCCACCUCCACCUCCACCUCCACCUCGAACCCAGCCACCAAAAUAAAUCAUAACAUUAAUCUUCAACCCCCUCCUCUUCUUCCAAUGUCAUCAGCAAUGAUGAAACCCUAUGAUGAGAUAAUCAACGGAGGAGGGUUUUCUGCUAUGGAUCUUUUGAGGAGCACUGGGAUCACUGCAAGGGGACUGAACCCCUUGGUUCACAUGCCAAUGGCGCCGGAGAGCGGGGCGAUCUACGGAUCGGGUUUCGGAUUGAACGAGUUCAAGUUCAGUUUGGAUGGAAAUGGCAAUUGUAAUGGGAUGCAAGGAGGAGGAGGAGGAGGAAGGUUGUUGUUUCCCUUUGAGGAUUUGAAGCCAGUUUCUAUAAAGUCUAGCAAUGAGGAUGCUAAUGAUCAAGAGAAUAGAAUUCAAGGAGGAGAUCCUUCAUUGUUUUGGAGCGGUGCAAAUUUGGGUGGAAAUGGAGGAUCUUGGUAGAAUUGAAGAUCCUGAGGACUAACAAGAGAUAGACUGAGGGUGCAUGGAGUUAUAAUUUAUUUAUGUUACUUUGAUUAUAUUUAUCAAUCCUUUUUUUUUUUUGUUCUUUUUGUUGUGGACAGGUGAAGAUAGGCUUGGCUUCAUAGCAUAGUGCAUGGAUCGAUCUUGAAGGAGCAUAUUUAGUUUGUUUUAACAAGGAAGGUAAACCCUAGAUCUUGAAGGGGUUGAAAUAUUGCCUUACACUAUUGUGGUAUAUGUAUUUUAAUUGAUUGGUUUGUGAAAAUAAUGUGAAUUUAUGUAGAAAAAAAUUGUGUGUUUCAAAGGCGUUUCCUUUUAUUUUUAAUGGGAAUGUGAAACAAGGGAGUGAAUGCUA